CUACGGAGUAUUGGGAGCCUCAGAGAGAGAGAACAGACUUCUGUGGGGUCUUGUGUUUGAAAGUUUUGUUGAGAGACGCGCUUUGAGAGAUGUUCUCCUGGGGCCGUUCCGUGGACGCGAGAUAUGGAGUGGCGGUGUGGAAUUUCCAGCCAACUCAGGAGUGCCAUAUUCCCCUGCAAAUUGGAGACACAGUCCAUAUCCUACAAGUAUUCGAAGGUUGGUACAAAGGAUAUUCCUUGAAAAACCGAUGUGUAAAGGGAAUUUUUCCUGCCUCUAUCAUUCACAUCAAACAUGCAACCAUUGAACUCAGAGGAAAUCAAGAGAAUAUCAUUUCCACGGAGAUGCCCCUGGUACAAGAAAUCACAACCACCUUGAGGGAGUGGUCAAAUAUCUGGAAACAGCUGUAUGUGGCUGGACAAGUCAACAAGUUUCGCCAGGUCACCUCGAGGAUGUGCAACUUGAUCGAGAAAAGAUCUCAGCUUCUCUCGGGGACUAUGCCGCACGAUGAGCUAAAAGACUUGAAGCAGGAGGUUACCAUCAAAAUAGAUGCUGGCAACAAAAUGCUGGAACUGGACCUUGUCGUCAGAGAUGAGAACGGCAAUAUUCUCGAUCCGGACCACACCAGUGUCAUCAGCCUCUUCCAAGCACACAAGCGAGCAACGCAGCACAUCACAGAGCGGAUCCGAGAGGAGUCGCGUCAGAAUCAGAAUGAGUACGGCAGAUUUGCGCGCUUGUCCUCAUCGCCCACCCACACCCUCUUCAUCUGGGUCCGCAACUUUGUCUGUAAAAUCGGGGAGGAAACCGAACUCUUCAUGUCACUGUACGACCCAAACGAACAGAAGAUAAUCUGUGAGAACUAUUUAUUCCGCUGGGCGAGCACAGGCUUACCGAAGGAAAUUGACAUGCUGAAUAAUUUGAAAGUGGUGUUCACUGAUUUGGGAAACAAAGACUUGAAUCGUGAAAGGAUUUACUUGGUGUGCCAGAUAGUACGGGUGGGCCGAAUGGACCUGAAGGAGAGCAACGUUAAAAAAAUGACUCAAGGAUUGAGAAGGCCAUUGGGGGUAUCAGCGAUGGACAUUACUGACAUUUUGAAAGGCAAAGCAGAAAGCGACGAAGACAAACACCAUUUUAUUCCGUUCCAGCAGUUGAUGCGUUGGGUGCGUGUGGGUGACGCACGCGUUGCGCAUGGUGAGGCGUGGAACCGCAUGCGGUGGCACGCGGUAUCGCGCGGCGCUCCUGGAUUUCAUAGUGUAACAAAAUCCUCCCGCGCCACCUGCGUGACGUAUCGCGUACGCACGCUGAUGCAUUGGCUACACAUGCUGACGCACUGGCGUCGCACGCUGGCAUCCAGAAGUCUCACGUGUCUCUGGGUUUCCAUGAAGUUACUUUCGGGUGACCUGAAGCAAAUUCGCAAGGACCACCCUCACCUUGUGGACCGAAGCACGGUGGUUGCCAGGAAAAUGGGGUUCCCUGAGAUCAUCAUGCCAGGUGAUGUCCGCAAUGACAUCUACGUCACUUUGAUUCAGGGAGAGUUCGACAAACAGAACAAAACCACGCAGAAGAACGUUGAGGUCACGAUGUGCGUCUGUGAUGAAAAUGGAGACAUAAUCUCGAAUGCGAUCUGCCAAGGUGCCGGAGACAAGGCUGUCACACAGCACCAGUCCGUGGUGUAUUACCAGCUGAAGCAGCAUCGCUGGAUGGAGACAGUCAAGGUUGCCAUUCCCAUUGAGGAUGUUCAGAGAACACAUCUUCGCUUCACUUUCAAGCACAGAUCAUCUUCUGAUUCUAAGGACAAGGGAGAGAGAAUAUUUGCCAUGGCUUAUGAGAAACUAAUGAAACCAGAUGGAACAACCCUUAAAGAUGGAGAGCACAAUCUGAUCUUAUACAAGGGUGACAGUAGGAAGCUUGAAGAUGCCUCCAUCUACCUGAAUAAUCUGUCCAGCAAGUCGAUGAGCGACCAGAAGACGAGCCAGGCUUCCUCGUUCCGAAACACCGGGGGAGGUCACCACAUGUGUUCGCGGGACAGCCUUCAGAUUUCCACCCUUGUCUGCUCCACCAAACUCACACAGAACGUGGACCUCCUGGGCUUGCUAAAAUGGCGCUCCAACAUCAGGGCUCUGAACGAGAACCUGAGGAUGCUGAUGAAGGUGGAUGGGGGUGAAGUCGUCAAGUUCUUGCAGGAUACGCUGGACGCUCUGUUCAGUAUUAUGAUGGAAUUUUCGGACAACAAUACAUACGACAAGCUGGUGUUUGAUGCCCUGGUGUUUCUCAUUGGGCUGAUAGCAGACAGGAAGUUCCAACACUUCAAUGCUGUACUGGAAGCUUACAUUCGACAGCACUUCAGUGCUACCUUGGCUUACAAAAAGUUGCUGUCAGUGCUGACGGAGUAUGUGGAUACGGCGAGCCGCGGCCUCGACUGCGAGCCUCUCAAACGAGCAUUCAAAGCAUUGGAGUACAUCUUCAAGUUCACCGUCCGUUCAAGAUGCCUCUAUUCGCAGCUCUAUGAGGGCAAGGAGAAGAAGGAGUAUGAAGAUUCGGUGCGAAUACUACUGGAGAAAUUCAAUGUCCUGAUGAAGUCAUCACUGGAAGGCAACACGUUGCUGAUGCAGGGAGCUUCCCUCAAGUACUUGCCGAUGAUUCUUCAAGAUGUUGCAACAACCUUUGAUCCAGUCUUACUGAGCCACUUGUUGCACGAUUUCAUCAGGAGCCUCCCUCCGGAUCGACUGAUGAAGCAGAAGUUGCAGUCGAUGACUGCCAUCGUGGGCACCCAGCUGUUUAAGAUGGAAGAAUGCCGGGACAUUUUGCUAUCAGUGAUGACCAGCACCUUGAUGGAACUGAUUCAGAAAGGUGAAGAGGAGGAGGCGUGCGUUGAGCUACUCAGCAGCAUCCUGGAGGUGCUCUAUCAUCAGAAUGUGGGAAUCACAUACCGGGACAUUCAGGACAUCAUGGAUAAGUUGCUCCCGACUGUGAACAGGAUGGUCAUUAUGCUCGGGAGGGACCACAGCCUCAUCAGCAAUUAUGUGGCCUGCAUGACAGCCAUUCUCAGUCAGAUGGAAGUCUCGCAUUACGUCAACUACAUCAACACCUUCCAGACGCGGCGGGACCUCAUGGUAAUGCUGGUUGAGACUUUCAUCAGCUGCCACCAGGUGGUGGGGGUCUGGAAUGUGCUGCCAGGGGACAUUCUUGCUAUUGAGGGAGUGCAGCGUAGGGUUUUCCUACGUGCCAUCAACCAGUAUGCAGAAACGUUGAAUAACAUGUUUUUGAACAGCUCCAGUUUUGAACUGCAGCUCUGGAACAAUUACUUUCAUCUUGCCGUGGCCUUCCUGACUCAGGAAUCUCUGCAACUGGAGAACUUCUCUAACGCCAAGCGAGCAGCCAUCCUCUGCAAGUACGGAGAUAUGAGAGGUGUCAUCGGAGCAGCCAUCCGUGAGAUGUGGUACAACCUCGGUCAACACAAGAUCCGAUUCAUUCCAGGACUGGUGGGGCCAAUUCUGGAGAUGACCCUCAUCCCAGAGGUGGAGCUGCGAAAGUCCACCAUUCCCAUCUUCUUCGACAUGAUGCAAUGCGAGUAUCAGUACAAAGGCGACUUCAGAACGUUUGAGGAUGAAAUUAUCAAGAACCUAGACCACGAAGUGGAAGGAGGUCGAGGAGAUGAGCAGUACCAGAUGCUCUUUCAAAAGAUACUGCUGGAGCUUUGCAGGAAAUCCCAAUACCUCGCCAAACAAGGCGAAGCCUUCGUUGCCCUGGUAACGGGCCUGUUGGAAAGGCUGCUGGACUACAGGACCGUGAUGAAUGAUGAAAACCAAAGCUACAGCAUGAACUGCACUGUAAAUCUCCUGAAUUUCUACAAAGAUAUUGACCGGGAAGAAAUGUACAUCCGGUACCUGUACAAACUCCGGGAUUUACACAUUGGUUAUGAGAACUUCACGGAGGCUGCUUACACUCUGCUGCUGCAUGCCAAGCUACUAAAGUGGACGGACGACCAGUUUACUCUGCACAUCCAAGACUUCCAAGGUUCGCAGACGCAGCGGCAACUGAAGGAGAACCUGUACAAUAAAAUCAUCGACUACUUGGACAAGGGCAAGAUGUGGGAAGAAGCCAUUGAUCUCUGCAAAGAACUGGCUGAGCAGUAUGAAACGGAGGUCUUUGAUUACGGGCUGCUGAGCAAGACCCUGCAACGCCAGGCCAAAUUCUAUGAAAACAUCAUGCAAGUUCUGAGGCCCAAACCGGACUAUUUUGCCAUCGGUUACUAUGGUCUUAACUUCCCAAGCUUCAUUCGGAACAAGAUCUUCAUUCACCGAGGGAAGGAGUACGAGAGACGAGAGGAUGUUGAGCAAUUCCUCCUGAACCAGUUCCCAAACGCGGACAUAAUGAAGACAACCGCGCAGCCUGGCGAUGAGGUCAACAAUGCCCCUGGGCAAUCCAUCCAAUGCUUUGCCGUGCAGCCCAUCCUGGCCGAGCAGGCACAGUUUCACAACAAGAACGUUCCGGAACAGAUCGUGGACUUCUACAAGGCUAAUAACGUGCUGAACUUCAGCUACUCCAGACCAAUCAGAAAAGGACCAAAGGACCCCGAGAAUGAGUUUGCCUCAAUGUGGAUUGAAAGGACAAUGUUCACCACGGCAUACAAGUUGCCCGGCAUUCUCCGCUGGUUCGAGGUACUGCAGGUCUCCCAGACCUGUAUAAGCCCAUUGGAGAACGCCAUUGAAACGAUGCAGACCAGCAAUGAUAAGAUACUCACCAUGGUCAACCAGCACCAUAAUGAUGCCAACCUCUCCAUCAACCCCCUCUCCAUGCUGCUCAACGGCAUCGUGGAUCCUGCCGUCAUGGGCGGCUUUGCCAAGUACGAAAAGGCAUUCUUCACUGAAGGAUACAUGUGUAGCCACCCGGAAGACUUGGACAAUAUCACAAAGCUAAAGGAUCUCAUUGCCUGGCAGAUCCCACUACUGACGGAGGGCAUCAGGAUCCAUGGGAAGAAGGUGACGGAAGCCCUGAAACCCUUCCAUGAUCGGAUGGAGGAGUGCUUCGCUCAACUGAAGGCCAAAGUGGAGAGCCAGUAUGGAGUGCGGGAUCUGUCGUUUUCCGAGGAGAGGCGGGGAGGCAGUGGAGCCGGGAGCCGGCCGCGUUCCAUGAUCCGAUCCUAUCGUCCUCUGUCAGUCAUCUCCUCGAGUUCACUGAGUUCCACAAGCUCAGACAAGGAAUCGACCAGGACCACCAUGGACAGUGUGGAACCUCCACUGCCAAGGAAACAAAGCACCCGCAACCUAGACAGACCUCUGGAAGCUGUGGCCAAGGACCUUGAGGACAAGAAGGUGGCCAAGAAGGAGCACAGGACCAGCGGGCUCCAGGGGCUUGCUCGAUCGCCCAUGCCUGCACCCAUUCCGGAAUGCACUGUGGAGCCUUCAAGGAUGCCCCUGGUCUCAGGCAACUCAGUGGAGAGAAGUCCAGAACACUUUGCCAAAGAAAACACUGCAGGUCAGACAGUUACCGUGAACAAUGGAUUCGGCGGGCAGAUCAAAAGUUCCCGGCCUCCGCCCUUGCCCAGGAAGAUCAACCCCAGCCUCCUGGAGAACUUCAGCCAUGACCUGGUGGACCCACUGACCUCUCCGCCCUUCCAGGCUCCUGGGAAAGAGCAGCUGCAAUUCAAGGUCUCUAGCUCUCCGAACCCGGAUAGCAGCAAGCCCCUCAAAAGCCCACCGCCCCCUCCCCCGCCAAAGAACAAGCGGAUGUCACAGCCCCCGCCCAGCUGACCCCUCCCCCGCACACCUCCAUCGGACCUCGAGGAAGGGGCUGAGAGGACCCCCAGCGGACAUGGUCGAUGAGUAACGACAGGAGCAGGCAUCGGUGAACCCCUUUCCCUUCUAACCAUCCAUCCAUCCAUCGUGCUGCCUUCAAAUGAUGCCAAGUGGCUAUAAGGGUUGUUCUUUUCCUAAUAAAUAAAUACCUCCUCAUGUCCAA